AUGGGCCUCUCAUUCUGGAAGCGCUUUCUGAACACGGCCCAAAUCAAGUGCGAGUACUCGGAGAAGCCAACGGGUCUGCGCUGGCGCAGCAAUAAAGUCUUCAUCGUUGCCACGGUGGGAAUCGGCCUCUUCACCGACCUAUUCCUCUACGGAUUGAUUGUCCCCAUCCUUCCCUUCUUUCUGGGCGAUGGCCUCAAGUUGCCUCCAGACCAAGUCCAACGACAUGUCUCAUUCCUGCUCGCUGCCUACGCUGCAGCUUCUGUCGGCAUGUCUCUCGUUGCUGGCGUGGUCACGGAUCGAUUGAGCUCACGACGAACGCCGUUUCUGCUGGGUGUCACGGCAUUAUUUGGCGCGACGCUGCUGCUAUUUCUUGGGCGCACGAUGCGGGUGCUGCUGGUUGCACGAGUACUGCAGGGCUUCAGUGCCGCGGUGGUUUGGACUACGGGCAUGGCCUUGUGCUUAGAGACGGUGGGGGCGGAGAAUUUGGGAAAGGCGAUAGGAGCCAUCUUUGGCUUCAUUUCAGUCGGGACCUUCUUGGCUCCAAUACUUGGGGGCCUUCUAUACGAUAAAGGUGGUCUCGGAGCUGUGUUUGGGCUCGCGUGUGCAAUUCUGGCCGUUGACUUUACGAUGCGAUUUUUUGUCAUUGAAGUCCGCACAGCGCAGCGGUAUGAGAGGGACGGUGAGAAUGGUACCGAUACCCUCAUUACUAGUGCAAGCGAAAGCCAACCGCAAAUUGAGGAGGGUAACGAUGAACUGUCAUCACUCUUGCAAAAUGUCGGAAAGGCAGACGAAGACGACUCUUACAGAAUAUCGCCCGAUUUGCCAAAAGUCAUGCGUAUCAUUCCAAUCCUGCCUUGCCUUGCGGCUCCCCGUCUCAUCGCUGCUCUGACCAUCGCAUUUGUCCAGGCCUUGCUUCUUGGGAGCAUCGACGCGACGGUUCCAAUUGUCUCUCACGAGUACUACAACUUCUCCCCGCUCCAAGCCGGCCUCAUGUUUCUCCCCAUCGGUGUGGCAAACUUGACUGCUGGACCGUUCUUGGGCUGGUGCGUGGACAAGCUGGGUACCAAGAAGAUCUCAGUUCUCGUCUAUCUAUAUCUCGUUCCGGUCCUGGUUGCAUUCCGAUUUGCGAAGCCCGGAGGAGCAUCGCAAGUUGCUGUUUACGAAAUUCUGCUGGGACUUCUCGGCAUCGGUGUGGCGGGCAUGGGUGCACCGUCCAUUGUGGAAGCCAGCAUGGUUGUCCAGAAGUACCACCAAGUCAGUCCGGAUUUCUUUGGUGACCAUGGCCCGUACGCUCAGCUGUACUCGUUGUCGUUUCUCUUCUUCUCGCUUGGUCUGGCACUCGGACCCGAGCUUGCGGGUGAGUUACGACAGUCGAUCGGGUAUGGGAACAUGAAUGCAGUGCUGGCGACGGUUUGCGCCCUUACGGCUUUGGUGUGCUUUCAGUUCAUUGGCGACAAACGCAAGUAA